ACUUGAUUGGUUGCAAUUGGAGAGGCAUCUGCUGGUUGAACACGAACGAUGCUUCCGCGGUGCUGCGGGCGAGCAUUGUCGGCAGCACAUGUCAGCUGCACUGCAUCCACCGCUCGCACCCUCCAUCCUACGGGCCGAUGGAACGAGAUCUCUUCGACCUCCACGUACUCGACCGCACGAAACCUCCCUACGGGGUCCGCCCAUGUUGCCGCGUACCACACCUCACCAUCAACGCCGUCUCGACCACCACACAAGUUCGAUGCGAAGGAAUUGGACGAGUUGACACGCACAAAGGAACGAAUGCGAAACAUGUGCAAUCGCGGGGAGUUUGCCGCAGUAGUUCAGGAAGUGGCCAAACUGUACCAGCCGUUGGCAAGCGCAUUGCAAUCGUCGGGUAGCCCCAACAAGCGCAAGACGAAAUCAGCUGAGGCCCUUCCGUCGUCGAAUUCCCACGUUCUUUUUAACCCCGAUAUGACGGCUCACGUUGAAAGCGAAGCCAUGGCACUUUUGGUGCAACAUCGAGCGACCGACGCCGCGUUGCUAUUGCUUGAUAACCUGCAGGAGAUGGCCGCCGCGUCAAGCGACGUCAAGCCCAAGCGCCAAACCAUGUCUUUCAUUCUAGGCAUGCUCACAUUCAACCGUCGCUUUCCUCAAGUGCUCGCCGCCUACGACUUUGCCACGUCCCUUUCGAUCUUUCCCACUGAAAGCAUGAAUGCCAACUACCUCGGCGCCCUCGUCCGCACGACACAGUUCUACAACGCCGCAAAGGCAUGGCGCAAGUUGAGUGCGCAGAACUGCCCCCGCGGUGUCUACGCGUAUCGCGAGGCACUGCACAUCUUCAGCACGCUCCGGGACGCCAAGGAGAUUAUGGCGAUACUCGACGACGUUGAGGUCCACGGCAUCAAGCUGCGCGAGAUUGACUACGCCCGCGCUAUGACGGGCUUGUCCUCGGCCAUCGAUGAAGAUGCCGACAAAGGUCACGCUUCAGACUGUGCCGACUUGAUCCUCGACCUCUACGACAAAAUGCAAACAUUCGAGAGCAUCACACCAAUAUCGCCUCAAUUGUUUGGAAGCGUCAUGGAGGCAGCCGUUUACAUGAAAGAUUACGACAAAGCGCUGGCAGUGUACCAGGACUACAGCAGUCUUCCCACAGCCCAACGCACCAAGGGCGUCGAUCACGUCAGCAGUCCACUGAUAUACGCCCUUCUUGGCUCGGAUCGUCGAGAUGAAGCCUUGGGGCUGCUUGCCGCGGCCCAUGCACAGAAGAACGAAGUCGAAGCGUCAGCGAUCGCGGGUCGGUUGGCAUUUUACUACGCCAGCAAUGGACUCGACGCCGACUUGAUGGCAUUUUUGGCCGAGUGUCCCCAACCCCUCCGUCUCCACUAUCGGAAUGACAAAGAGUUAUUAACGGUGCUGCACAAGGUGACGAGGACAGCCCAGAUGCACGAAGUCGACUUGUGGACGUUUUUGGUGAACCACAAGCAACUGCUGCAUCUGGAUGUGCACCUGUGGUGGUGGAAGCUCCUCAUGCUGGCCGAAGGGGCCAAGAAGUGGCGGCUCAUGCGGCUCAUGCUGUCCGAUCAAUCCUCGAAUACGUCUGGCGUAAAGCCCCAGCAAUGGCGCGCCAUGCUGAAAAACUGCGCCCGGCGUGUCACGCCGAACGACGUCGAAGGGUACGCGUUCAUCGUGUAUGUGGCCGAGCGAAUGGGUGGUCUCGACAAAGGUCACUUCACAUUGCCGCAACUCCAAGCGCUUGUGACCGCGUAUUCCCAAACGAAUGACCACGCGAACGCGAUCGCGGUAUUUCAACACCUUCACAAGCUGUGCAGCGGUGACAAGGACGCGACCCCGCCGACGGCCGCAACCUACGAAAGCGCCAAAAAGUCGUUUUUGGCGCUCGGGUAUGACGCCGAAGCCAACCAGAUUGACGCGAUCUUGAAGUUGCACCAACAAGUGGUGCCCCCUGCAUAGGUAGACGAUAUUGGCAAUAGAUAUUCGUUCAAGGCUCGGUCGUCCAGGC